UAACUUGUCGCUCCACGAGAGGUCCAAUUGCAUGCUUAGACGCGUCGUUGCCGUGUAACGCUAACUCGUUUCUUUGGCGCUCGUCCAUCAAUAAAUAAAAUCCAUAUUUGCCUAUUUCUCUUCCUCUUUCUUUCUUCUAUUUCAGUUUUUCAGUUUCUUCCUCGCUUUUCUGCAAAAUUAUCUAAAUCUCAGAUUUCUGAUCUCAGCUUUUCCCUUGAAAGAUGGGAGGUGGUAAGGACAAACACAAUGAAGAAGAGAAAGGAGUUUUCUCACAUCUUGCUCAUGGGGUAGCUCAAGCUGCUCAUGGGUACCCUCCUGGGGCAUACCCUCCUCACCAAGGGUACCCACCUGGUCAUGGCUACCCUCCACAAGGCGGCUAUCCUCCGGCUGGUUAUCCCCCUGCUGGCUAUCCUCCUGCUGCUGGUGGUUACCCUCCUGCUGGUUACCAUCCACAUGGUUAUCCUGGUUCAUCUGCUCCACAUGGAUCUCAUGCGCAUGGGCAUGGCGGUAUGGGGGCAUUGCUUGCUGGUGGUGCUGCUGCUGCGGCGGCUGCCUUUGGGGCUCACCAUGUUUCCCAUGGCCACCAUGGAUAUGGUGGAUAUGGACACAUGCCUCACGGGAAAUUCAAGCACCAUGGAAAGUUCAAGCAUGGAAAGUUCGGCAAGCAUGGGAAGUUUAAGCAUGGGAAGUUUGGCAAGGGUAUGUUCAAGAAGUGGAAGUGAUGAUAUUUUUCUGUACAUACAAACCGCGAUUCUAGAUGCUGCUGCGGAUUGCUUUUAUAAUAAACUCUACUUUUGUUCGAUGUCCAUCUAUACUAUACUUUGGUGGAACUCUUCUAGUAUUUUUUUAGACAAAGAUGUAGCACCCCGUUCAUAUUCUAGAAAGUGAACGGCAAAUAGAUGAUGCACUAGAUAUUAUGUGCGAGCUUGUAGUUGCUUUAGCAAAGCAUAGACUUGUUCAUGCCUUCUCUUUUUUUCUGCUGUGUAUACCAUUUUAAUUUUAGCCUUUGUUGAUUUUAUUGGACUGAGAACGGAGUCAUCACAUUGUCUUUAUAUGAACAACUAUAAACCGUGUAUCUUGGAGACUUGGAUGUAUAUAUAGACUAUAGUGUACUGGUGAAAAUAAUUUUUUGAUGGA